AUGUCGUCGCACCGCAGCCAGCCUUCCGGGUUCCCAUGCCGCCGAUGCCGUCUACUAUUCCCAUCGGCAGAUGCCAUCAACCGCCACUUCCACGAAUCAAUCGACCACAAUAUAUGCCAUCUCUGCACGCAGAUUAGGAAGGAUUUUGAAACUUUUAACCAGCUCCAGGAUCAUCUCGAAAACGACCAUUUAUACUGCGAAGUCUGCAACUGGUUCGCGCCAUCUAAGACCGGUCUUAUACAGCAUAAUAUUUCCAGACACUAUAUGUGUAGUAUAUGCAAUCGGUACUUUGUUAAUAUCCACGAAUUGAACGGGCAUGCCAUUUCCACACACCGUCCACGCAGUGCACUCUGCAUCCUAUGCGGCCGCGAUUUCCCAACCCUCUCCUCUACAUUCAGCCACAUCGAAUCCGGCAAAUGCACUGAGGGCGUAACUCGCGAAGACGUCCGGACACUAACGGUGGAGUUCCUAAAUUCCAACCGAAUCGCCUUCAACAAUCCAUUCGACUGUCGCGUCUGCCAUCGUCCUUUUAACCGCAUGUGCGAUCUCCUGCAACAUGCCGAAACGAGAGCUUGUGCUGAAGGAUACUGGGCAGACGCACCGUCGAAUACGGGUCUUGGAGCGUUGGUCGAGCAUGUUAGGCAUAAUUUGAGAAAUGCUGUAAAUGCGCGUCGGCAGAAUCAGCGCCUGACUAUGCAGAAUCCAGCAGCGCCAGCGACGCAGCAGUCUCCUGGUGGAUCUGGUAGUCCGGGUGGACAGUUGGGACGUCCUCAGUGAUGUGGGCGAUGGACUAUUUCUCUUUUCCUUGCUACUAUACUUCGCUGCUACUGUCGUUGUUUCCAUUGGAUGAUUUUGCAAUGAUUUCUUAUUUCCUGGCUUCUAGAACAGAACGUUACGAUCACGGCUGGAGAGGCCGGAUUAAUUGCGCGCAGAGUGUGGCGGCAGCAAAGACUUCUAUAAUGCCCGACACGCUCAAUUACGAGAAUCUAGGUAUUGCACUCAUCAUUGCCCCCAUACAUUCUCGGGUCGCGUCUUUCACAGAGAUAGGUUCCAGCAUUUCAUCAACGCAUUUUUGUCAG